UUUUACCAUGGAUGUUGGUGGGAUAGCAAAAGUGGUGGCAUUGGUAGCGGCUAUUGUCGUGAUUCUCGACGGAGCAAUGGCAAUGACCUUGUGCAAUGUGACGGACGAUGGCUUCACUGCAUGCAAGCCGUCUGUCACGCCGCCUAACCCAGUGAUGCCCUCGCCUGAGUGCUGUGAGGCCGUCACCGUGGCUGACUUGCAAUGCCUCUGUUCCUACAAGCACUCAUUCUUACUGCCCUCACUUGGGAUUGAUCCCGAUCUCGCCCUAGCUCUUCCCGCCAAAUGCAAUGUCCCCUCCUCGGCCAACUGCUAAUAUUAACUCGUACUUACAAACGAGUUAAUAUUAACACAUGUUGGCACACUGAAUUUUCUUAUUAGACAUCAAUAUGUGUUUGCGUUAUUUUAUGUACGUGGGGAGUGUUUUAUGCAAGAAUCAAAUAGAAAUGUUGAGACCGUUGUUCUUAUCCCACAUCGACUUCGUAAGUUUUGACAACCCUCCUCUUUUUUAAGGCUGAGUGGCCCAUUUCUACGCUUUGGUAUCCUAUUUAAAGGGGUGAGUGACCCAUUGGCCAUUUCUACAAGAAUAGUACUCCCUCUAUCGGAUUAUAAUAUGUUUCAUAUUUAAUGGGACUGGGGGAGUAUGUAAUAUUUUAAUAAAGCAGCCAAGAUGAGUUUUUUGUGUGAAAAGACCACAACACUAUACACACACGUUAUAUGUAAAUUUAAGAAUACUCCAUAAAUAAAUGUGAGAUAUGUAGCCCUACUACCAGUUCAAUCAUAUCAGGUUCCAAUAAGUGAAAAACCUCAAAAUUGUUGUUGCUAGACAACAAGAUAGGAAAAGUAAUGUAAUCCUUGAUGAUUUGCCGCAAAUGUGAAGAAAUAUAAUCCGGGCAUACUGAUGGGCACAGUUGCAAGGCAACAACUUGAAUUGGGGGCGGUCG